UAGGGUAGUAGGGCUCAGGCUUGAUCAGCUGCGGAUCGCACAACCGGCAAAGGUUUAGCAAGGCGCGGAUGGCGCAGAGGGGAAGGACACUGGAACGAUGUAAACAGAUGCCCAUCGUGGUCGUCGUAGUGGUUUUUGUAGCCGUCGUCGUCGUCGUCGUCGUCGAGGUUGGUUGUCGCCGUCACUGAGGGUAGCGCUCACAGUGAGUCGCUCGUUGUCGGUCGAACAGUGUUGGUGUGUGGAGUGCGCGUGCAGCAACAAACAGCACAACAAGCAGAACAGCUGACUGGCAUUAGUGUGUGCUUCGGGACGGGUUGGGCGGCCGGGUUUGUUCUCUUCCUUCCGUGUACGCUGGAGUUGGGAGUUUCCGCUUAAUAGAGGUUUACUCUGUCUCACGCGCGUAACAUACGAGACGUUAGAAGCUAGUGUUUUGUGUAGUUCCAGUGUCGUGACAUAUGUGCCGAUUUUACCCGAAACGGGAGGGAAAGAUAAAAAAGUGUUGUGCGGUAAAACGGUUCUGAUGUGUUAUGCCCGGUACCAGUUAACCGAGGACGCAGUGUGAAGUUAGUUUGUGUUUGAGAUUGACAACCGAUCAUCCCUCCCGGGCCAUCCCGCAACGAUGAAGAACCGAAAGUUUGGCAUGGCGGGCGUCGGAAGCGCCAAUGGCGAGAUGGACUUCCUUACCGUGCCGACGAAGAUCACACCGGUAAAGCAGAUGAUGGCGGAGCUACAGAGCGACGACGAGGAGCCCGGCCUCGGCUACACGCACACGCUGAUGUAUGGUCGCUACACGAAGGAUCUAGGAGAAUACGCCAAAGAUGAAGCGCGAAGACUCAGGCUUCUUGAACGACGAAGAAAGAAAGAUGAUAAAGCAAGAAACAAGGAACUGUUGGACGUGCGGGACAACAAGUUCUUCAAGGCGGCAUCGUGGCUGUGGCGCAACACGUUCGCCCGGCUCGGCGAGGACUGGGUGUUCCUGGCGCUACUCGGCAUCAUCAUGGCCCUGCUAUCCUACGUGAUGGAUAAAGGCAUCUCGAUGUGCACGAACUCACGCGUGUGGCUGUACCGCGAUCUCACGAACCAUCCGGUACUGCAGUACCUCGCCUGGGUGUCGCUGCCCGUCUGUUUGAUCCUGUUUUCAGCCGGGUUCGUCCAUUUGGUCGCACCGCAGAGCAUUGGCUCGGGCAUACCGGAGAUGAAGACGAUACUGCGCGGCGUCGCGCUGAAGGAGUACCUCACGUUCAAGACGCUCGUCGCGAAGGUGAUCGGGCUGACGGCGACGCUCGGCAGCGGCAUGCCGCUCGGCAAGGAGGGCCCGUUUGUACAUAUAGCUAGUAUAGUGUCGCAGCUGCUAAGUAAGAUCAUCACAUCAUUCCAAUCGAUCUACGAGAACGAAUCGCGCAACACGGAGAUGCUGGCGGCGGCCUGUGCCGUCGGUGUCGGCGCCUGCUUCGCCGCCCCGAUCGGGGGCGUGCUGUUCAGCAUCGAGGUCACCACGACGUACUUUGCGGUACGCAACUACUGGCGCGGCUUCUUUGCCGCGGUGUGCGGCGCGACCGUCUUCCGGCUGCUGGCCGUCUGGUUCCAGAAGGCGGACACGGUGACGGCCAUGUUUUCCACCAACUUCACGUCGGACUUUCCGUUCGACCCGCAGGAGCUGUUUGUGUUUGCGCUGAUCGGUCUCGUUUGUGGUCUAGGUGGCGCACUGUACGUAUGGGUCCAUCGGAAGUACGUGCUGUUUAUGCGGUCGAACAAAAAGAUGAACAAAUUUCUCCAGAAGAACCGUUUCCUGUAUCCCGGCAUUGUGGCGCUCAUAGUGGCCACGCUCUCAUUUCCGCUGGGCUUCGGAAAGUAUAUUGCCGGCGAGCUGAGCACACACGACCAGGUGCACCAGCUGUUCUCCAACUUUACCUGGACCAAGCACGAGCUCACGGUCGAGCAGGCGGCCGUCGUCUCGAACUGGCGCACCCCGGAGACGAACGUGUUUGCCAACCUUAUUAUUUAUUUGCUCUACACGUUCUUCAUGUCGAUCAUCGCGUCAACCAUUCCCGUGCCAUCCGGUAUGUUCAUACCAGUGUUCAAAAUCGGUGCCGCGUUCGGCCGGAUCAUCGGCGAAGCGAUGCAUCUGUGGUUCCCGCACGGCGUCCGGUACGGCGGCAUGCUGGCCCCGAUCAUCCCGGGCGGCUACUCGGUGGUCGGGGCGGCCGCCUUCUCCGGCGCCGUCACGCACACCGUGUCCGUCGGCGUGAUCGUGUUCGAGAUGACCGGCCAAAUCACGCACAUCGUGCCGGUCAUGAUAGCGGCCCUCAUCUCGAAUGCCGUCGCCGCCCUGCUCCAACCGUCCAUGUACGACAGCAUCAUACUCAUCAAGAAGCUACCCUACCUGCCCGAUCUGCUGCCGUCCGGGUCCGGCAUGUACAACAUCUACGUGGAGGACUUUAUGGUGCGCGACGUGCGCUACAUCUGGAAGGGAAUCUCGUACCAGCAGCUGAAGGAGAUACUGAAGGCGAACAAGAGCCUGCGCAGCCUGCCGAUCGUCGACAGCCCGGACAACCGGACGCUGCUCGGCAGCGUGCAGCGCUACGAGCUGAUCAAAAUGAUCGACAAGCACAUUGGGCGCGAGAAGCGCCUCGAGGUCGCCGCCAAACUGAUGAAGGAAGCGGAGGAGAAGGCCCGGGAGGAACAGGAGCGCCAGAAGCGGGAAGCGGCCGAGGCGGCCAAGGCGCGCCGCCCCUCCCGGUUCGAGGUCGUGCCGGCACCGGACAUACUGAAGCUGCGCGAGCGGGCGAACAACGAGAUGCUGCCGCCGCAGGCCCGCCGCGAAUCGAACGCGUCGCUCACGAGCGGGCCCAUGUUUGGCGCGACGCAGCCGAAGAAAUCGAUCCUCAAGAAGACGAACUCGUUCACGCUGAAGGGCUUCAGCCCGCUGUCCCCGCACAGCCCCGUGCACACGCCGUACACGACGAUCACGGGCACGGAGAGCCGCAUCCGGUCCGCGUUCGACAUCAUCUUCCGCAAGUCGGCCACGCUGCAGGACGUGACGCCCGAUCCGGAGAUUGGGUCGAUCGGUACGCCCAGCAUUGUCGGGUCGGAGGUCGCCCCGCUGACGCCCGGCAUCUCGAAGAAGGUGCAGCUGCCGCGGGAGCGCGUGAUCGACAUGUCGCCCGAGGACCAGAAGGCGUGGGAGAUGGAGGAGAUGGCGAAGCCGAUCGAUGUCGGCAAUCUGCACAUCGAUCCGGCCCCGUUCCAGCUGGUCGAGCGCACGUCGAUCCUGAAGGUUCACUCGCUGUUCUCGAUGGUUGGCAUCAACCAUGCGUACGUAACGAACGUUGGCCGUCUGGUCGGUGUGGUCGCGCUGAAGGAGCUGCGAACGGCGAUCGAGAGCGUUAACAAUGGCACACUGACGCCGGAAACGGUGAAGGCCAAACAGGAGGAGGAAGCACGAGCACUUGCUCAGAAAGAAUCGGACAACAACAACGGCAUUUCGGCGGAAGAUCCUCUCCUGCCCAAGCGGCCCGGCGACACGUUCAGUGACAAAAAAGUAAAUAACACCAUCACCUCGAUGGACUCGGCACUGUCCAACUCGGACAACUGUUCCGACAUCGAGCUAGACAAUAUUAACAUUGAUCACGGUGACACUGCAGCUACCACUAAUGGCACCAUCACUACCACUACCACCACCACGCCCAGCACCAAACACACCAACAACCAUUCCGGUUCACAACAGCAGUAAAAGGGGUGGCAGUGCUGGUGUUGGGUGCGAGCGGGUUGUUUAGUGGGUUGUUGGGAGGGUGUAAAACGGAACCAAACGGGGACCAAUAUACGAACAAGCACUGCGCGUUCAACCGUUCUAGUACCACCAGCAUCUCAAUGCAAUCCCUCGUCAGCAACAAAAAAGACACUACGAUCACGACACAUCCAUACCCUCACACACACACACCUACACACACCGAGGCACUCGGCAGAACAUACUGCAAGGGCAAAGGAUCUCAUUAUGCCUAGCGAGGGUGUCGCUAAAACACCGAUCACCGACCAACAGCAAACAACAACUACCCAACACCUCACAUCAUAAAUCCACUGCGAACAGAAAAGGUUUGUGAACGAGUUGUGUGAGCAUCGUCGUAGAUCUGCUUCAGAGAGGGCUGUGGGGUUGUUUGUCGGGUUGCUCAUUAUUGCAUUUGCAUUAGAAAGCAUCCCUAGCGAGCAGCGCGAAUGUGAUCGUCACUUUUAAUGCUUUUCGUGUGAUGCUUGCUUUGUAAGCUUAUGCGUUUGUUUAACACAUCUGCAACCUUACCACACGCUUUCAAAUAUUUGCAUGCUACCGUACUGGUUUUUUGGCGCUCUCAACCGCUACAAUAUGAAUAUUUAUGCGUUUAUGCUGCACUCACUUACAAAACGGGCUUAUGCUUAGUAACGCAAAAGAAUGAUGGACCUUUUCUGCACUUGAAACUUACUCAUAUCAUCUUUCUUUUGAUUUUCUUCCCUCCCUAGGCUCGAAACUGAAUCGACGGAAAGACAGACAGCGAAAACAUGGUGCCCGAUGCCGUCAAACCCAUAUCCCAACUGGCACCGGUUGAACCGGAUGCACAAUAUUGCCGGGACAGGCGCUGGAGAUGUCAAUGUGAUUUUGUACUUUAAGUAAUAGUGACUUCUUCCAGCGCGUACGUGUUGUCUGUGUGUGUGUGUGUGUGUGUGUGUGUGCUGGGGUGUGUUUGUGUCCUUUAGUUAUUAAAUAAUUUAACACCGAGCUCCACGCAGCGGUACGGCCAAACGAGAUCGAUAGCGAUGUUGCGGUGUAACUAAACGGGUUCGUUGGGUGUGGGAUGAUCGAGAGCUUCGUUCACGGUACGAGCAACCAGGUACCAAUAAUUUCUGCCCCAUCGUGGUGGUCGUAGUGAUUUUAGUGCCAAAUUUUAAGCAAACACGAAACCCGUUCUAGUAGGAAAUGCCAGCCCGGAUCCCGGAUCUAGGCGGGAUCGGCAAACAACAAAUGUGCCUUAUUAACCUCCUUCUCCGCUGAUCAGGUAGUCACAGAGAGUCAGUCAGCGUAGAUGGUUAUGUUAGCGAUACUGUAAGCUUGUUGUGUUGUCGCUGGUUUUUUUUUCUUCCUGUUUCUUGUUUCGUUUCGUAUUUUAAACACUGAAAAAGGAAAGCGCAAAUGGUAAAUUAUUUUUCGCUCCGUUCGUAGAACUGACCGGCAGACAGAACAGAGCGUGUCUGGUACGCGCGCUGGGCACAGCAAGAUUGGUCGGUGCGUGGCGCGACCGGAACCAGGAAACUCUCCUGCCUGUGUUGUGAAUGAGGGUAGUUUUUAAACUCUAGCAACGUAAGACAGAAAGCUGUAUAAAGAUGAUCAAAAUAAAAGACGUAUAGUUUAUGAAUUAUUUAAAUUAAAAAAGCGCACACAAUUUUUUCAUUUGUGUUUUGUAGAUUGAAACUUUCAUGCUUUGUAUUUAUUCUUUUUUUUUAUAACAACAACAAUUAUUACAUAUUAACGAUCCACUUAGAAUCUAGUUGGAAAAAGAGCAACCCUGACUUUCCCAUUUGGAUCGAGGUACUCAAGGGAAAGGGGGAUUGUUUUGGUAGUACACAGUCUUGUCAGACUUAUGUUGCCACAUAGACAAACAUACACAAAUACACACUCACACAUACA